GAUGGCUAACGCAGUUACUCCGGUGUCGAAUCGCUUUCCACAUCAAAUUCAAUUUGAUAGAAAAAAAGUGCUGGGUGAAGGGAAUUCAUCAGUUGUGUAUAAAGGUUCUUACGAAAACCAAAAUGUUGCCGUCAAGAGAAUUGUGUUGAACCCGAGCAUAAAUGGCGAUGAUGAAAAUUUCGAAGCCCGAAUGAAACUGGACCACGAAAACGUUUUAAAACUUCUAGCAGUUGAAGAGGAUCGUGAUUUCAGAUAUUUCGUACUGGAAUUGUGCGACGCAUCCCUUUCUCAAUUCUUUGAAAAAAAAUAUAAUGGACCACAGCUGCCGCCCGAUGGAGAAGUGAUGUACCAAAUUGCUGAUGGCCUGGAAUAUAUCCACUCGCAAAAAUUGGCCCAUCGCAACAUCAAACCUGAAAAUAUUCUGAUAUCCACCAAGAGCCAAAUGAAGUUGGCUGAUUUCGGUUUGAGCCAAAAAAUCGAAAGUAAGUGUUACGUAACUGGACCGAAAGGGGUUCUUUUAUGGAAGGCACCUGAACAGUUUCAAGCUGAUCGCGAAGAUAUUGAAAUUGAAAUCGCACAAAAGAGUGACGUUUUCUCGUGUGGUUGCGUCUUUUUCGUUUUUCUCAUGCGAAAAAACGACGGGAUGCACCCGUUUGGCGACUUAGUCGACCAUCUCCAGAUUUACGCCAACAUUCAAAAGGGGAAUUCAAUUAACAUUAACAAAGCAAAGGAUAAUCACCCCCUAGAGGGUGAACUCAUUCAAAAAAUGAUUCAACGUGACCCGAUAAAAAGAAAAACGUCAAAGGAUGUGAAAUACGAAAUAGAAGUUAUGCUUCCGAAACUGAAUUAAAAAUGGCGAUAUUUGAGAUUGAUAAAGGUAAUAUCCUUGGUGUAGGACAAUCAGCAUGUGUUUUCUCCGGAACUUUUAAGAGUAGAACAGUCGCCAUUAAGAGGAUUGUAUUAACACCGUCGUUAACCGAAGACGAACUCAAGUCACAAAAGGAACUUGAUCACAAGAACGUUCUAUCAAUUCUGGCAGUUUUAGACAAUAUUGAUUUCAGGUGCAUUUUACUUGAAUUGUGCUCUGGAUCUCUUUAUCAAGUCAUUACAAAAACUUUCAAUGGAACACCGCUAUUACCGUCCGAUAGAGACGUCGUGUAUCAAAUUGCCGAUGGUCUCGACUACGUGCAUUCAAAAAACUUGGUCCACCUUGAUAUCAAACCUGAAAAUAUUCUGAUUUCCAUGAAUGGCCAAAUGAAGUUGGCUGAUUUUGGAUUGUGCAUGAAAACUAAUGAAAAAGGAAUUUGCAUUCUAAGAGGACCAGUUAGAGGGACUUACUCGUGGAUGGCGCCAGAAGUAUUCCCAUCAAGAGACAGCUAUAAGGAUCAGUCCAAAGUA